UCAUUUUUUAAAAAAAGUGAGGUUAGACCACCCAACCCCAAACACCCAAAAUAUUCAUGAAAUUUCUCGAAAAGGUUAGUAAAUUAACCACCCGCACCAUGCUGAAACGCAAACUCUCCAAACCCUCCUCCACCACCCCCCAAGAGAGCGAAGUCGCCGCCAAAACCUCGCGCCCCGAAACCGACUCUCCAGGUCCCCCAGACAAAUCCCGGUACUUCUCCAGCCCCCAAUCGCCCGAUUUCGCCCAACAAUUCAUCAACAUCCAACUCGACCUAAACGCCGCCCUCAAACCGCUCCAGUUCAAGCCCCCUGUAGCCUACGUCUACAACCCAGUCGAAUACGCAUUCAAACCCAACGAAACCUACGUCAAAAAAUACUGCCAAGGCCCCAAGAAGCUCCUCUUCGUGGGCAUGAACCCCGGCCCCUUCGGCAUGGUUCAAACCGGCGUGCCGUUCGGCGAAAUCAAGUCAGUCCGCGACUGGCUUGAAAUCGAAGAGGAGGUCUCAAAGCCCGAGAAAGAGUGUCCGCAGCGCCCCGUGUUGGGGUUCGCGUGCACCCGAUCCGAAGUGAGCGGGGACCGACUCUGGAACGUCCUCAAAAAGCUGUGCGGAAGCCCUGAGGUUUUUUUCAAAAAUUGUUUCGUUUAUAAUUAUUGCCCUUUGGCGUUGUUGAAGAGUGACGGGGGUAACUUGACCCCCAGCGACAUUAAGGACACUAAUAUUUUGGAGGGAAUCUGUGACCAGUACUUCUGGAAAGUCAUCCAGUUGUUGAGCCCGGAAAUCAUAAUAGGGAUAGGACGCUACGCCGAAAAACGCGCUAUUUUGACACUAAAGAACAACGACAGUGACGUUAAAGUGCUCAAUUUGGUCCAUCCGAGUCCGCGUGUCAAGAAUAACCAGAACUGGCCCUUGAAAGCGGAGGAGUUUUUCAAGAAGGAGGAUUUGUUGAAGUACAUGACUAACUAA